CAGACAAGCCGGGCACGCACAUAUAAACCUCCCCCUCCUGGUCCUGGGACAGCUCCGUCUACCAAACCAUGGAGAGGGCAGUGUAGCCAGAGCGAGUCCUCGACACGUGAGUGCAAGGAUUGGAGCUCGACGACCAUGCUGCUAUAGCUGCCUUUGGUAGAGAUAUAUAGGUGCUGCUCGGCGGUGCCGGUGCCGGAGACGAUGGGGGAGCUGGAGGAGGAGCGGUACGUGCAGGUGGCGUCGAGGUUCUUCCGGGUGAAGCCGCGCGGAGGCGGCGCCAAUCUCCACUACCUCGGGUCGUGCUUCCUCUGCAAGGAGAGCAUCGCCUGCAACCGCGACAUCUUCAUGUACAAGGGGGACGCCGCGUUCUGCAGCGACGACUGCAGGCAGGAGCAGAUGGACAUGGACGAGGCGCUGCAGUCCGUGGCGCGGCGCCACCGCCUCCUGCGCGCGCCGCCGCCGCCGCCGUCGUCCUCGCCGGCAGCUGAUGCGGCGUCAAGGCCGCCGGCGAUGCGCCGCCGCCCGACCAUCGCCAACCUCGCGGCGCGCAAUCCCCCCGUAGCCGCAAGCUAGGUGGCUGGUGUCGAUCAGCAGGUCCGCGCGCGUCGAUGGAUCAGGCCGUGAGGGCGUAGUCGCAGGAUCAGUACAGUAGGUGAUCGUCUUCUGUUCUGCCUCGAUCAUCGAUCAUCUCAGUUUGCAGUCAAGCGCAGAAAUUAGCAAGCAGGAUCAGUACGGGAAUCCUUGUAGGCAUGUAGGUCAGUAGGUGCUGUUCUCUGGGGAUCCUGAGGGCAUGCUUGGAUGAUUGAUUUCAUCCGCAUGAUGUCUUGAUGAAGGAGAGAGAGGAGGGAAGAAAAUUGAACAGAUGAGCAGUUGAAUAACACUAGGCAGAGAUCUAGCAGAGCAGGAAUAACCAAACUACCUAUGGACAUCAACUCUUUGUGAUGACCUAUCUCCAUGUACAAAUUGAAAAGAUUAGUACCGCUGCCAUGUGCAUUCCUCUUCGUUCA